ACAAGAGCAUUGCAAUCACAUUAUUCUGCACAACCUCAACCACAUUACUGAUAUCAGCAGCUGAGAAGAGUGAACCCUAUCCUGCUUGUGAGAGAGACCGGGUGCAGCAGUCAACAUGGGCUUCACUGUCUGUGUGUGUGUGCUAUCUGCAGUGAUGCUGAUUAUGGGUGAACUCUCAGCAGCACAAGGUUUCUCAACAAUUGCAACAUCUCCAUCGAGUACAACAGUAACUACAGCAGCAUCUCCAGAGCCAACAACAACAACAACUGAAGAGACUACAACUGCCUCCGUGUCAACUGCACUAAUGUCAUCAACAACUACAUCUCCAUCAACAACUGCAACAUCUCCAUCAAGCAGCACAACAUCUCCAGAACCAACAACAACUGAAGAGACUACAACUGCUUCGGUGUCAACUGCAGUAAUGUCAUCAACAACUACAUCUCCAUCAACAAUUGCAACAUCUCCACCAAGUAGCACAGCAACAUAUCCAGAAUCAACAACACCAACUGAAGAAACAACAACUGCUUCUGUGUCAACUGCAGUAAUAUCAUCAACGACUGCAACACCUCCAUCAAGCAGCACUGCAAUAUCUCCAGAACCAACAACAACAACAACAACAACAACAACAACUGAAGAAACAACAACUGCCUCUGUCUCAACUGCGGUAAUGUCAUCAACAUCCACAUCUCCAUCAACAACUGCAACAUCUUCAGAACCAACAACAACUGAAGAAACAACAACUGCUUCUGUAUCAACUGCAGUAAUAUCAUCAACGACUGCAACAUCUUCAUCAACCACUGCAACAUUUCCAUCAACAACUGCAACAUCUUCAUCACGUACAACACUAACUUCGGCAGCUUCUCCAGAACAAACAACAACAGAGGCAAUAACCACUUCAGCAUCAACAGCAGUAAAAACGACUGCAACAUCUCCACUGACUACCUCCACUGGCAUGCCUGCUAUAUUCUAUCCCUAUGGACUUGGAGACCACGUGAACAACCGUGCACUUGAUGGGAGUUCCCCUCCUAUCAAACUGCUUCAACCAUUUACAUUUUUUGGAGUGACAUACAACCAGACAUUUGUAAAUAACAAUGGUGACCUCACCUUUGACAGUUCAUGGUGGAGAUAUUAUCCUUACCAAUUCCCGGGAUAUGGGCACCGAGAUAUCAUUGCCCCGUUCUGGACAGAUAUGGACAACCGAGGCAAUGGCAUCAUAUCCUACCAACAGUACACCAACGGCAGUGUUCUCCAGCAAGCCACUACAAACAUUAACCAGUACUUCCCUGAGUUGAGCUUCUCAGCUUCCUGGGUCUUUGUUGCAACAUGGGACAGAGUGGCAUACUAUUCCCUUUCAGGCACAGAGACAUCAUUCCAAGUGGUGCUGAUCUCAGGGAGUCAAUACACAUUUGUUAUGAUGAACUAUGGAGUCAUCGCCCCAACUCAAUGGAAUGUCCAGGCUGGCUAUGACACAGUCAAUUCCACUCAUCAUUUUUCAAUUCCUGGAUCAUUCAUGAGCAACAUUACAAAUAUAAGGCUCACAAGCAAUGUUAACACACCAGGUCGUUGGGUGUUUAGAACUGACCAUGGUCUAAGGGGCUGUCAUUUCAAAAACUCAUCUGUGCAGGUGGGGGACUCUUUCUGGAUAGAUGGCACCUGUCAGCAGAGAUGCACCUGCGUCAGUGGAGGCCUCCUCCAGUGCCAGCAGCAGCCCUGCAGCUUCUCCCAGGCGUGUCGUCCAGCAUCCUCCCAGUACUCCUGCCAGAAUAUUCAGCGCCGCACCUGCACCAUCUCUGGAGACCCCCACUACUACACCUUUGAUGGGAAAGUCUUUCACUUCCAGGGAACCUGCACAUACGUCCUUUCAGAGGCUUGUGGCAAUGGACUGCCGUACUACCGGAUUGAAGGGAAGAAUGAACAUCGGGGCAGCACACAUGUGUCUUGGACACGUCUUGUAAGAGUGUGGGUUUAUGAUGAGGAAAUUGAACUUGUUAAAGGCAACCAGUACCAAGCAAUGGUGAAUGGUAGCUUUGUGACGACCCCAUUUACCCUCCGACAAGGGUCCAUCCGAGUCUACCAAUCAGGUUUCUCUGUGGCUGUGAGUACAGAUUUUGGUCUGCUGGUCACCUACGAUGCCAAUCACUAUGUUAGAAUCUCAGUACCCUAUGAGUACCAGAAUGCAACCUGUGGCCUGUGUGGCAACUUCAACUUCCACCCUCAUGAUGACUUCAGAACCCGCGGUGGGCAGCUUGUGAGCUCAGACGUGGAGUUUGCUAACAGCUGGAAGGCGGAAGGGGACACUGACCCUGGCUGCCAGGACGUGCGAUGUGCAGGACUUGCUUGUGCUGCCUGUACCGAUAGUCAAAGGACUCUUUAUGGAAACACGGCCCACUGUGGUAUCUUAAGCAACAGUGUCGGUCCGUUUGCCUCCUGUCACUCCGGGCUGUCUCCACAGACCUUUGUAGAAAACUGUGUGUAUGAUCUGUGUGUGGGUGAUGGCUACCAGCCCAUUCUCUGCCAAGCACUCAAUGUGUACGCUGCCCAGUGCCAACAAGAGGGCAUCCAGUUGGGCCAGUGGAGAAGCCAGGGAUUCUGUGAAAUCCCCUGUCCAGCCAACAGUCACUUUGAAUCUCAAGGAACUGGGUGCCCUGCAACCUGCAGCAACCCCAACUCCCCCCAGAAUUGCCCUCUGCCCAACCAGGAGAGCUGCAUCUGCAAUGCUGGCCAUGUCCUAAGCGGUGGGGAAUGUGUUCGGCAGAAUGACUGUGGCUGCACCUUCGAGGGGCGGUACUACACAGCUGGGGAGACAGUGGUGCUAGACCAGGACUGUGGGAGGAGUUGCCACUGUACUCAAGGGUCAAUGACCUGCCAGGCACACAGCUGCAGUGAGCUUGAGGUGUGUGGGGUCCAUGGUGGUGUGCGGGGCUGCAGACCUGUCAGCUACUCCACCUGCUGGGUGGAGAGCUUUGGGUCUUACCGCAGUUUUGAUGGACAGACCUUCAACUACCCAGGUGCCUGUAGUCUGACACUGGCUAGGGUCAGGGGACAAUCACAAUUACCUCACUUUCAAGUAACUGUUGAGAAAGUUCCCACAGGGCCAAGAGAUUUUGUCAGACAUCUACAGUUUGAAGCAAAAGGAACACAAGUCUCGGUGGAGAUGGGAGAGGGGGGCACAACUAAGGUGGAUGGGCAAACAGUGGGCCUUCCAUUCAGGGUCAACCCCGGUCAUAUUCGCAUCUACCACAGCAGUGUAAAGGGUGUUGUCAUAGAGACCAACUUUGGAGUGUUGGUAAGGGCUGACUGGCCACACGUCAUCCGCAUCACCGCUCCAGGCAACUACAACGGCACUCUAGGAGGCCUGUGUGGAAAUCUGAAUGGAGACCCUCAUGACGACUUCUUCUCCCCUACUGGAAUUCCCCUCAACGACUCUCAGCAGUUUGGGGACAGCUGGAGAGAUGGCUCCCUGUCAACACACUGUGUAGAACCUCAGGUCUGGGAACCCGGACACUACCAGAACACCAGCCAGUUUAGGGACCUCUGCGGCAUCAUGGGAUGGGCACAUGGGCCUUUUGGCCAGUGCCAAGCAAGUCUUGAUCCCUGGAGCCGAAUUGAAGACUGUGUCCAGACUCUAGUGAGGACGCAAGGUGCUCGAGAGGGACUGUGCGAGGCACUGCGUGGCUUCUCCCUGCUUUGCCAACAGAGUGGCAUCAUAGUUGGGGAAUGGAGGAACAUCACUAACUGUGAUGCAACCUGCCCAACUUACAGCCAUUAUGAGCUAUGUGGUACGUCCUGCCCUGCUUCCUGCCCAAGCCUGUCUUUCCCCUUCCUGUGCACCCAGCAGUGCCAGGAGGGGUGCCAGUGUAAUGACGGGUUCCUCCUGAGUGGGGAUCGCUGUGUGCCACCCACGGGUUGUGGCUGCCACCACGGCGGGCGUUACAGACAGAGUGGAGAGCGCUACUGGUACGGCGAGGAGUGCCAGUUCCAGUGCCAAUGUAAUGGCAUUACUGGGCAGUCACAAUGCACUGCCUCUUCUUGUGCUGCUCAGGAGUCUUGUCGAGUCGUGGACGGACAGUAUGGCUGCCAUCCCAAACCUGAGGCCACCUGCUCGGCCUCUGGAGACCCACACUACACCUCCUUCGACAGACGCACCUUUGAUUUCCAGGGCACUUGUCGUUACAUCCUGGCAUCAGUUUGCAAUGGAACACAAGAUCUACCUCACUUUCAGGUAGAGGCCAGGAAUGAGGCAUGGAAUGGUCUGCAGGUCUCCAUCACUGUGGCUGUUUACGUCAAUGUGUCUGGACAUCUCGUAUACAUCUCAAAAUACAACCAGGGGACUGUGCAGGUGAAUGGGGAGACAAGAAACUUGCCGAUUGUUCUUGAUCAGGGAAGAGUGUCGGUGUACGCCAAUGGGCUUCACACAUUUGUGAAAACAGACUUUGGUCUAACUGUCAGUUAUGACGGCCGGUGGGUGUUGGACAUCACAGUACCAUCCAACUACAGUGGAGCUACAUGCGGUUUGUGUGGUAACUUCAACGGCUUCCAGGGUGAUGACUUCACGGUCCAUAAUGGCAGUUCAGGCUCUCUUGCCCUCCCUGUCUCUGAGUUUGGGGACUACUGGACGGUUGAUGACGGCAUUCCCUGUACUGGAGGUUGUGGAAACUCCUGUCCAGUGUGCCAAGAUGACUCGACAGCCCGUGCCAUGUGUGAGCUACUCAGAGCUAGCAAUGGACCACUAAGCUUCUGCCAUUCCCAUGUGGAUCCCCAGCAAUUCUUCAACGACUGUGUGUUUGACGUGUGCUUGUCUGGGGACAGAAACGAAGUCCUCUGCCGUGCAAUGGAAGCAUACGUCAGUGCAUGCCAAGAGAAAAAUGUCAUUGUUUACCCCUGGAGACAAAACUCCACCUGCCAAAUGGAGUGUCCAGAAAACAGCCACUACGAUCUGUGUGGUACAGAGUGUGGGCACACCUGUGCCAGCAGCAUUGAUGCCAGCUGUGACAGGACGUGUGCUGAGGGCUGUUUCUGCGAUGAUGGAUUUGUGAGGAGCGGGGGGCGCUGUGUGCCUGUGGAGCAGUGUGGCUGUCUUUAUGACGGCUUCUACUUUGAUAUCGGAGAACAGUUCUGGACACAAGACUGUUCGCAGCGCUGUGAGUGUUUUGCCCCCAAUGACCUUCGCUGUAUCCAGUCCUCUUGCCCUCCAAGUCAGGAAUGCUCAGUCAAAGAUGGCCGCCGGGGUUGCUAUGGUCAAAAGUCAACCUGCACGGUCUGGGGAGACCCUCACUACUUCACCUUUGAUGGGGCUGUGGCUCACUUUCAGGGCACCUGUGCUUAUGAGAUUACCCACACCUGUGGCAACAUGAGUGAUGAUGCCCUGGCCUUCCGUGUAGUAGCCGCUAACAGGCACCGUGGCAACUUAGUUGUGUCUUUUGUGUCCACUGUGGAUGUUUGGCUCUCUCAGGGAGGAGUUCAAAGCCACAUCAGCAUUGGACAGAACAGGAGAGUCAAGGUUGAUGGUCAAGAUAACAAUGCAAACAGCAUACAGGUUGGCUCCCUGGCGCAGUUGACUCGUGAGUCAGGAUUUGUGGUUGUGAAUGCCUCAGGAGAGCUGGUGGUCCAGUUUGAUGGUCGUAGUAGACUGCUAGUCAGACUGAGUCCAGAUUAUCACCAAUCUGUGUGUGGAAUGUGUGGCAAUCGCAAUGGCAACCCAGCAGAUGACAAAGUUCUGCCCAAUGGCACUCUGGCCCAGACUGACAAUGAAUUCGGUCAAAGUUGGAAAUCAGAUGCAAGCAGUCCUGGAUGUGGAGCCAGUGACCGAAUUGGAGACGACACGUGUGUAUUUGAAGCAGAAUACACAGAUCUGUGCAGCAUCAUCACCAACAGCAGUGGCCCAUUUCAGCAGUGCCACCUACAUGUUGAACCACAGGCCUACUUCACUUCCUGUGUGUACGAUCUCUGUGCCUACACACCAGCCAAUAGCAUGCUGUGCUCAGCAGUGGAGGCCUAUGAGACAGCUUGCAAUGUGCUGGGGCUCCACACACCAGAAUGGCGUUCUGCACUGCAUUGCUCUGCAGUUGACCCUUGUGAAGAGCUGGACUGCACUGAGGAUGAGUGGUGUGGCCAGAAGGAUGGAGUCUGCGGCUGCUUCUGCAAUGAGGAUCACCCGAGACCUCAUCCUGAGUGCUAUGACUCUCAGGAGUUCUGUUCCAGCAGCACAGGCACCAUGUCUUUGUCUCGCUGCCAGCUGUUUGAGGCAGGCUUCUUGGCUGACUCCCUCCGCCUCAAUGACCCCAGCUGCAACGGCACACUCCAAGAUGGCAGAGUGGAGUUCCUCUUCGACAAUGACAACCACAUUUGUGGGACCUCACUAAAGAGUAACAGCACCCACUUCAUCUAUGAGAACUCCAUCCAUGGGGAGGCCAACUCAGCCAGCGGUCCCAUCAGCAGAGAGAGACAGAUAGACCUGCUCUUCUGCUGUGUCUACCCCCUCACACAGACCCUCUCCAUGAAUAUAGAAAUCAACCCACUGGAGAGCCAAAUUACUAAGAAGCUACCAGGAGGGGAAGGAAGCUACCAUGUCCGUAUGAUUCCCUAUGAAGAUGCAGGAUUCUCCCAUGCGUUCUCUGGGAGGGUGAAUGUGAGAGUGAAUCAGCAAAUCUACGUGGCUGUUCAAGUGGAUGGAGUAGAUAGCCGCCAGAUCGCCAUAGUGAUCGACUCCUGCUGGGCCACUCCUGUCAAUCAGCCAAACUACCACAUCCGAUGGGACCUCAUCAGAAACGAGUGUGCUAAUCCCAAUGACAACACAGUGGAGCUGGUGGAGAAUGGGGUCAGCACAACAGGCCGAUUCUCCUUCAGGAUGUUCACCUUCCAUGCAAACUCCUCCAGGGUUUACCUGCACUGCAGCAUCCACCUGUGCUUGAUGGCAAACAAUGACUGCACAGCUCACUGUUACCCAGGUUACCAUCAGAGGCAUCGUCGUUCUGUUGAUUUCCAUGACAGCGCCUCCAUCUCUCUGGGGCCUCUGGUUUUGGCCAAUGGCAAUGAAGAGGGGAGAAACUUGUUUGUCCCGCCACCUGUGAGGGUGUCUAAGGCCUCGGGUCUGACGGCAUCUCUGAUGGUCCUGCUCCUGUCUUUUCUCCCUCUCAGGGCUCUGCUCAUCUAACACACAACACACAGCACAGCUACCCAACAGCUACACAACUUAACACAACACACAGUACAGUUACAUUAGAGCUACACAACACAGUUACACAACAGCUACACAAUGCAACGUAACACACAGCACAGCUACACAACCACCUGAUCUGACACACACAUAUUCAAAGAUGAAAGGCCAAUACUUUUACACAUCACUGAUUUACAUCAUAGCCCAAUAUGCGGUUUCAUUCAGCUGUGAUCUUACUAUAGGCAUUGUGAUUUAAAUUUGCUAAGGGGUUUUCUGACACUUUUUACUGGUAAGUUCCUUUCAACAUUUGAAGAUGUGAAAAUACUGUGAUGAUAUAUGGGCUUAUAUGGAGUAUUCUAGAACCCUGGGCUUUUUUCAGGAUAAUUUUGAUAGCUUUGAUUUUUUUUCCUUGGUUAUUAAAAGGGCCAUCUUUGUAUACUACAUAAGAUGUUUUGUAGGACAUGUCUAAGCUAUCCAAAUUUGACAUGUAUGUGUAUCACUUAUAUGAUUGUAGCGCGGCUCGGAUAUGCUUGUGUUACGUUCAUGCAAGGGGUUAUGGGGGAAAUGUAGCCUACGGCUAAGAUUCUAGUUAAGCAGCCUGUUGUCAUAAGAUAGUUGACGGGUACGCAUUAUAUAGGUGUACUAGACUAGUCAGCUGAUGUGUUGUGGGAUAAGGGGUUUAUGUUACGGGAUGCCACCCAUGUUGUGGGAUAUAGCCACGGGGAUCUUAAACAGGCCACUUCCAUGUAAUGUCAUUCUUCAUGUUCAUCUGGUAAUAAACAUUUCCUAACAGAGUAAU